AUGGAUUCCAGCAAGGAGGAUUCUGGGAGGACACGGGCCCCUCCUGGGGGCGCCCUCACCGCUCAGCCAGCAUGGAUUCCAGCAAGGAGGAUUCUGGGAGGACACGGGCCCCUCCUGGGGCGCCCUCACCGCUCAGCCAGCAUGGAUUCCAGCAAGGAGGAUUCUGGGAGGACACGGGCCCCUCCUGGGGGCGUCCUCACCGCUCAGCCAGCAUGGAUUCCAGCAAGGAGGAUUCUGGGAGGACACGGGCCCCUCCUGGGGCGCCCUCACCGCUCAGCCAGCAUGGAUUCCAGCAAGGAGGAUUCUGGGAGGACACGGGCCCCUCCUGGGGCGCCCUCACCGCUCAGCCAGCAUGGAUUCCAGCAAGGAGGAUUCUGGGAGGACACGGGCCCCUCCUGGGGCGCCCUCACCGCUCAGCCAGCAUGGAUUCCAGCAAGGAGGAUUCUGGGAGGACACGGGCCCCUCCUGGGGGCGCCCUCACCGCUCAGCCAGCAUGGAUUCCAGCAAGGAGGAUUCUGGGAGGACACGUGCACCCGCCCUUUCCCGAUUCUUCCGGUUGGUAGUGACUUGGGAGUUCCGCGUUCCUUCCCAGGACCUCCUGUUGUAAAACGACUCAUGCAGAUGGUCACCUGGCCAGGGUGGGAGGUUUCAGUCGGUGUUUCCCCUAACAGAAGAUGCUCAUUUCUCCAGGCUCUGGAUGGUGCAGAUCCUAGUGAGCUGAGCCCGCACCUUCUGCGCAGCAGCAAGCCCGCGCUUGAGACGCUGUUCCCCGCAUCUUUCGUCCUGGAGCCUGGAAACAGAAGUCGCCCGCAUCAGAAUACUGAGAAGUUUUGCAUCUGAAAAAGGCACCGUUUUGGAGUGCAGG